CGCGAGCCACUCAGGUGCAGCCGAAAGUGGCAUGCCAGAUGAUUCUGCGCCAGUAUCUUCGCAAGAUCAAGCGGACUAUCGCACCGGAUUUUCUGAUCUGUCCGGCCGAUGAGGUACUCCGCGCUCGAAGGUUCUUACUGAAACGUGAGAUGGAUGGAGAGCUUGCAGGCGAUUGGAGGGGUUAUACGACUAGGUUGCAGAUCUCGGUUGAUGACUUGUGUCAUGGGUUGGUAAAGAGCACUGUCCUUGAGCCUCGUCCUUCUGAUGCUUCUGUCAUGAGCUCCACGGGUGGUGAUGCUGCAAUUGAUAACACAGCGUUGCGAGUGGCCGAUACAACCUCGGCUCGGGUAUCCUUGAUCAACGGCAUUGGUGCAAAGUGUCCAUCUAUGCUGAAGGAUAUCUUGUCAUGCCAAGGUCAAGUCAUGAAUCCUCCUCGAUGGCUACUUCUCAGCCAUCGGGAUACAAGCAAGAACUUUCACCAUCCCAAUUGGGACAAUCAUAUUCAUACUCGGCUUAUUAGCGAGGAAAGGUUGGCUCAGAGAACACAUCCCGAGUUGCAGUACAUACAACCAAAGAAUACCUUCAAGGAGUUCCCUCCGCUGAGUUUGGUUUUCUUCGAGCGUUGUGGUCCAAUACUGGCCACACGAAAAGGCGACACUGCUACAACGUCCGGCAUGAACGAGGAUCACCAGAGAUAUCCUGACGCCUCGACUGGAACAUCCCAGAGAGCAGCUGGUGGGUCCAUGUCAAUUGGUUCGGGCCACUCCGGUGGGAUGAAACGUGUGACAGUCUCCAUGCGUAUCAGAAACCAAAUCAACGGAAUGGUGAUAGAAGCACACCAAAGGAUGUCAGAAGGAGCAGCCGGGGAAGCCCAGCAAGCGGAGCCAUCUAAAUGUCGCAAAUUGUUACCUGAAUAUAUAUGGACCCCUCCCACAAGCCCUUCUCAAGUGCUUCGCACGACAGAUUUUCUGUCGCUACAAGAUGGCGACAAUUAUGCCUUCGCUGAAAGCGCGGAAUUCCCGGGAAUCGAGGACACACAGGCGGAGUCAUCUGAUGGCGUGAUGGAUGAUAUGCUCAGUCAUGAUACAGAGGCGUCAUCACAUACCACAUGCGAGUCAGAUCCCGUGUUAAAGACCACAGAGCAAUCGAACAGCGCCAAGCCGGACGUUAGUACAAGGUCUGAAAGCGAAUCCGUCGGAAGUGAUGCAGAUGAAUAUGAUACUGCGGACGAAAUGGUCCUUGUACAGGUACCAAUCUAAUCGUGAUUUGCAGAUGGGAAUGGAGCCACGGCGAGGUGACUGCGGCAAUCAAAGGACAGCUCCAUCUGGUCCUAUGACUCGAUGUUCUUUCCCAAGGAGGAGGAAGCGAAUUGUAAGAAUAAGAUGUCUGUGGUCUAUGUACAGUACAGAUGCAGUUGAAAUCUAGAUGGCAAUGUCACACGAUCAUACGAAUGCACGAAUGAUCCUCAUAUAUAUAG